GUAGUGUACUGUUUGAUCUCAGAGACACUCAGAAAAACAGGAUCAACUGAGAAUAUGAUGCAAAACAAAGAACAACAUGGAGAAAAUGAACCUGUGAAGAGUCAGCCACGGUCUGGUGGAGCAGUGUCCCCAAUGACACCAGCACCAACACCAUGCUCUGUUCAAGGACUGGAAUACCUCAGCCAGGCAUCCCAAAUGCUAGUGCAACUUAAACUUAAAUGGAUGCAGGCCUGUAGGCAAAUCGUAUAUGAGAUAAAAAACAGCAUGGGCCAAAAAGUGUACACCAUCACUGAAGACUAUAAUUGCGCUUGCCAAUACUUCUGUUUGGGAAAUAGAUCCAUUACCGGGAGGAUUUGUGAUAAUUCAGGAAAUCUUGUUAUGGAAGUCUACAAACCUUUCAAUUGCCAAUUAUUUACUUUAUGUUGCAAUCCAAAAACUGAAGUGAGAAUGGCAUCUGGGGUACCAAUGGCCUCUAUAGUUAAAGGAUUAUUCCCAUGUACAGUGACAUUUAAAAUUCUGAAUGAAAAUGGUGAUGAAGUGCUGCAAAUAUCUCAAAUACAUUCCAACUUCUGCGAGAAGAAAUUUAAGAUAACGUCCAUUAGGGAGAAAAUUGAGGUUGGAAGAAUUUCUCUAUAUGGAACUCCUUGUUUUCUGUUUCCAGAUACUAUAAAUUUUGAUGUUCAUUUUUCUCUGGAUCUGGAUGUGAAAUUGAAAGCAGCUAUACUAGGAACGUUCUUACUUUUUAGUUUCUAAAUGGCAAUGGUGGCAAUGGCGAGCGAAGACAGAUUUGGAAGACAACAUGGACGACUGUAGCGGGCAGCCGAUAAAACUAUAUAUAUA